CUGGGAGCGAGACAUGGCGCUAAGGAAACACCUGAACGAGGCGAAGAAGCGCAGCGCGGACUCCGGCGUGGAGUCGGAUCGGAGCCUCUUGAGCAAGGAGCAGAGGGACCAGCGCAUCAGUCUCUUUCUGCGGGAUUUCCAGCACCAGGGUGAGGCCUCGGGAUGGGGCGGGCAAAACGGGUGGGCUGAGUGAGCAAAUGUGAGCCAGCCUGGCGUAGCGGUAAGAGCCGCCUUUCUCAACCUUGGGCUACAACUCCCAUCAUCCCUAGCUAGCAGGGCCAGUGGUCAGGGGUGAUGGGAGUUGUAGUCCAACAACAUCUGGGGACCUAAGGUUGAGAAAGGGUGCUGGGGCAGGACCUGGGAAACACCAGGGUUCAAAGCCCUGCUCAAUCACUGCCGUUCAACCUAACCUACCUUGCAGGGAUGUUUGGGGAUUAAGUGAGGAGGAGAACCAUGUAUAAGCCACCUUGAGGUCCAUGGAGGAAAAGGUGGUGCAUAAAUAAAUGAAUCUUGGAGAAGUGGAGUGAAAAGCAAGGAGUGGGGCUUAGAAGAAUAGAAUCAUAGAACUGUAGACUUGAAAGGGACCUCCAAGGGUCAUCUAGUCCAAACCCCUGCAAUGCAUGAGUCUCAAGGCUCAGUCCGCCAUCCAUACCAUUCUGGACCUUGCUUAGCUUUGCAAAUGUGCUAGCACUUUUGUCCCCCAAAGGACAGAAAUGCCUCAGUUCUAGCUGCUUCACUUGAUUAUUGAUUUCAGGGUCUUGCAGUGCUGUGUUUCUGCCAAGGGCCAUAUUGUCCAGUGGUUAGAGCAUCUUUGUUGCUGCAGAAUGUCCCUGGUCGGCAUAUGGAGGUAGACCUGGGGGAGAGAACACAGCCUGGAGAGCUGCUGCCAGUCAGUGUAGACAAUACUGAGGUAGAUAGACGAAUGGACUGAUUCAGCAUAAGGCAUCUUCCUCCAUCUUUCUCCCUUUCUCCAAGCAAAGGAAAACCUGCGAGAUUUGAAGAAAGAGCUGGCUUCACUUCUGCAGACAGCUGAGAAGGCAUUCCAGGUGGAGCUGUUGGCCAUGCCGGUGGUCAUGAGAAAAAUGAGGAGGGAGGACUUGAUUGGUGAGGCUGCUAUCCCAACCCCACUUACCUGCUGGGAGUAAGACUUGUUGAAUUCAGACAGAUAUACUUCUGAGUAGACGUGGUUAGAAUUGUGUUGAGUGAAUUAUCAUGUAGGUAGGUGCUUGUGACUUUGCUCAGCCACUUUCUCAAUGGGGCUUGCUCCCAACUAAGUCCCCAUCUGUACUAUACAGUUAAAGCAGUAUCACACCACUUUAGAUAGUCAGGGCUUCCUCUAAAGAACUCUGGGAACUAUGGUUGGCUUAGGCUGCUCAGAGUGGGUAAAAGGUAAAGGUACCCCUGCCUGUACGGGCCUGUCGUGUCCGACUCUAGGGUUGUGCACUCAUCUCACUUAAGAGGCCGGGAGCCAGCACUGUCCAGAGACACUUCCAGGUCACAUGGCCAGCGUGACGAAGCUGCUCUGGCGAGCCAGCACCAGCGCAGCACACGGAAACGCCGUUUACCUUCCCGCUAUAAAGCGGUACCUAUUUAUCUACUUGCACUUAGGGGUGCUUUCGAACUGCUAGGUGGGCAGGAGCUGGGACCGAAGGACGGGAGCUCACCCCGCCGCGGGGAUUCGAACCGCCGACCAUGCGAUCGGCAAGUCCUAGGCACUGAGGUUUUACCCACAGCGCCACCCAUGUCCCUCAGAGUGGGUAGGAGAUGCUUAUUUCCCUACAAUUCCCAGAGUUCCCUUGGAAGAAGGAUGGACUGUUAAACCACUCUAAAAUAGUAAAGGUAAAGGGACCCCUGACCAUUAGGUCCAGUCGUGGCCGACUCUGGGGUUGCGGCGCUCAUCUCGUUUUAUUGGCCAAGGGAGCCGGCAUACAGCUUCCGGGUCAUGUGGCCAGCAUGACUAAGACGCUUCUGGUGAACCAGAGCAGUGCACGGAAAUGCCGUUUACCUUCCCGCCGAAGCGGUACCUAUUUAUCUACUUGCACUUUGACGUACUUUCGAACUGCUAGGUUGGCAGGAGCAGGGACCCAGCAACGGGAGCUCACCCCAUUGCGGGGAUUCGAACCACCGACCUUCUGAUCGGCAAGUCCUAGGCUCUGUGGUUUACCUACAAUUCCCAGAGUUCCCUUGGAAGAAGGAUGGACUGUUAAACCACUCUAAAAUAGGUAGCCGCUAAUGUCAAUUUUACCUUUGCACAGUAGGCUAGUUUCUGCAGACACUCACACACCCAUCUCUGCCCUCCACCCAGGCAAGCAGGAAGCACGAUCAGAGUACAAGGAGGGUGCAAAGCAAGGGCAGUGAGGGCUGUGUGGCCUAGGGAGACUCCUGAGUGCCAGGGAUAGAGACCUGGAAGGCUGCAUUUGGCCCCAUCAUCUAAUAUAUAUUUUGAAAAGUGGUUUCUUGGUUUGUUUGUUGUGCAUUCGGACACUCAACCAAAUUUUGCAUGAUAGAUCCUGAGAUCAAGGAGCCCAGCUUCGGCUGGGGAGGGUGGGAUAUAAAUAAAAUUUAUUAUUAUUAUUAUUAUUAUUAUUAUUAUUAUUAUUAAUGUUUGGAUAAGAUUGCUUGCCAUUAUGAAUCGUGACUGAGCCUUUAUAACCACACAGAUUUUAACUGCUGAAUUCACAACUACACAGUUUUUUGGUUACUUAAGACUUCCUGUGCAAAGUCAGGUACAAGCCUGUUAAUAAAACAUAAGAAGAAUGUGCUGGACCAGGCCAGUGGCCCAUCGAGUCCAAAAUCCUGUUCUCACAGUCAGGGCUGUCUUAAGCAUAUGCGGCGCCGGGGUGCAGAGAUCCGCCCGGUGCCCCCCCCCCCGAUUGCCCAGUCCCAGGCACGCAGGAGGGCAGAGCCAGCCGGCCGCCUCAGAGUCUCACUGACUCAGUCGCCCCCGAACUCGUGGCACAGAGCCACCUGCAACAGAAUAGCCCGUUGCGGCGCUCUUACUUCCCUGGACACAACUCUUGGGCCCCGGACUCUCUGCCUGGUGCCCCUGAGAGUGCCUAUGGGUAAGCCGGCCCUGCUCACAGUGGCCAACCAAAAGCCUAAAGCCCAAAAGCAAGCCCCAGGUGCAAUUGCAUUCUUCCCCUGUGCAAUUGCAUUCUUCUCAACAGUGCUCCCCAGCAGCUAUAUUCAGAGGCAUAAUGCCCCUGAUACUGGAAGCAAUAUAAAGUCAUUUUCUUGUACCUGUUGAUGGCCCCUCUCCUCCAUGAAUUUGUCUAACUCCUUUGUAAAGCCAACUUAGUUGGUGGUCAUCAACAAACACCAUAUCUUAACUAUGUGCAGUUUUAAUACCUUCCUUUCCCCCUUCCCACUUCUUAGUACUUUUUCAUGCAGCGCAUUGUUAAACUGGGGGACUCCCUCCCACAGGAUGGCCACCAACUUAGAUUAGGCAGAUUUGUACAACUUUUCGCUGCUUCCAUGGUCAGAAGCAUUAAUGCUUCCUUAUACUGGAAACUGCAGGACGGAAGAGUGCUCUUGGGCUCGGGUCCUGCUUAUGGGCAUCUGGUUGGCUGCUGUGAGAACAGAACUAGAUGGGCCAUUGGCCUGAUCCAGCAGGCUCUUAUUGUGCUCAUAUUUUGCUCCAACCUUUAUUUUAUAAAGAAUGUGUGGUUGUCUGCCAACUGUCUGCCUUGGUAUAAUUGCCUGUCUCCGUACCACAGAUCUUAAGGAAGAAGAAGCUGCCGCUGCCACAGUCAUCGCCACUGCCAUGGCAGUAAGUAUGGCCAAGUAACACGGAAAUGCUUUUUUUAAUAAAAACAGUAAUAGAUCUUGAGCAAUGCUGCUCUCAGGUUGGGGCAGAUUGGGGCAACUGCCCCAAAGCCUACAGUAGUGCAAAGUAUUGCACUGCCCCCACUCCUCCUCCUUUUGUCUACCCAUUAAUAAAAGGGAUUCCUUUCUCAGAGCAAGGUAUUCUGCGUGAUCUGACCCAGGAGAAUGCAGGUGCCAGAUCUGUGUCACCUUACCAGAAUGCCUUACUUCGUAGGUAUAAGCCAGGCAUGUCCAAAGUCCAGGCAUGCCUACCAGUCAUUUUAAUCUGGCCCCUGUGGCAGUUUAUUUCCUGGGGUAAAAUUCUAAAAAAACCUGAACAAACUUCAAUUCUAAAAAAACCCUCAACAACUUCAAACUUCAGCCCUAAAAAAAAAGCUCAACAAGUUCAACCCAAAAAAAAGGUCAUGGCCCCUCACUUCAUCAAAUCUGGCCCUCAUUGAAAAAAGUUUGGACACCACUGGAAGCGGUGAGAAAGCAGUUUUAAAUGGUGGGUGGGAGAGGCAGAUUGGAGUAGAAGCCAGCCCUAUUUGUCAAAGCUCUGGCAAGCUCUGGGUGGCCUCUGAUAUUUGUCCCAGGUCCUUUGGGGAAUAAAACUGCUAGCACAUUUGCAAAGCUAAGCAAGGUCCAGAAUGGUUUCAAAGUGGAUGGUGGGGGGGCUGAGUGUUGAUUUCUGCACUGCAGAGAGUUGAAUUAGAUGCCUCCUCCCCCCCCCCCCGGAUCCCUUCCAACUCUACAGUUCUAUGAUUCUAAGUAGAUCAUUGAUAGAACAUCUGCUUUGCAUGCAGAAGGUCCCAGAUUCAAUUCCUGGCAUCUCUCAGUAGGGCUGGGAAAUAUCUCCUGCCUGGUAUCUUGGAGAACUGCUGUCAGUCAGUGUAGACAAUACUGAGAUAAAUGGACCAUUGGUUUGUCUCAGUAUAAGUCAACUUCCCAUGGGAUGAUGACCCUGAUCCAGAGGGAAGUUUUUUCAUAGGUGAUUUCCACAUGCCCCAGUCACCUGCCUCUUCUGACAUUCAUCCAUGUGUCCAACUCUUUGGAUCCAGCAACCAAACCCACAACAGAGAUUCUGGCCUGAUAAUACCACCUCUUUCUCCCUCCUGUCCACAGAAGGAUUGCUGCGCAGCAGAUAUGCCAACUCCCAGACUAGUGAGGACCAACAGCAAACGAGGUAAGCUGACCUUUCCAAGCUUAACAGUUCUUGGAGGGAGGGUUGCCCAGUUUCACGCAAGGGAGAUCGCUGCUGCUGCUGCUGCUGCUUCUCAGUCCCUCUACAGCUGUGCCAAACCAUGGUUUGGCUUAGCAUAUCUUCCAGAUCAGGGCUUGUGGUUUAUCUAACUACAGUAGUAGUAGCCAAGGUUUGUUUGGAGCAAAAUAAACCCAGGAACCUGGAUGUGGAGGAUAUGCUGAGCCAAACCACAGCUUAGCUCUCGGAUGGAGUAGCAGAGGAGAAACAAACUGGGUGCAAUCUCCUCUCUGGGAACGUGCUAAACUAUGGUUUGAGAAUGUUCGUGCUUGGCCAAGGUUUGACUUGCUGUUCCAUGCCAAGCAGGUCAAUGUUCGAUGGCAGUGAUGCUGUCAGGGCUGGACUUUGGAGUAGACAUCUGGGGCCCAAAAUGCAGAAGAGCUGGCUUACCAGUUGUUCUGGGGGGGGGGGUCAUAAGAAGCCUGCUGGAUCAGGCCCAACGGCCCAUCUACUCCAGCCUCCUCUUCUCACAGUGGCAAACUAGAUGCCUGUGGGAACAGACAAGAGCACACUUUCCCUCCUGUUGUUUCCAAUAACGGGUAUUCAGAAGCAUUUACUGCCUCCUACCAUGAAAGCAGACUAUAGUCAUCAUGGCUAGUAGCCUUCAUUGCUAGUAGCCCUCGAUAGCCCCCUCCUCCAUGAAUUUGUCCAAUCCUCUUUUAAAGCCAUUCACGUUGCUUGACUUCUCUGCCUCCUGUGGGAUUGAGUUCCUUAAUUUAACUAUGCACUGCAUGAAUAAGUCCUUUCUUUUAUCUUCCUCUGAGAAUCUUCCAACAUUCAGCUUAAUAGGAUGUCCACGACUUCUAGUGUGAUGAAAGGACACAAUUUUUUUCCUUAUCUGCUUUCUCCAUGCCACUCAUAAUUUCAUAAGCUUCUAUCAUACUAUCUCUUUUACCUAAACUAAUAAAAACCCCAGUGCUGCCAUUUCCCCUCGCAGUCGGAUCGCUCCACAUCCUUUUUGAGGUGAGGUGACCAGAACAGUACAUAGAAUUUCAGAUGUGGUCACACCAUAGAUUUCUGGAAUGGCAUUAUGCUAUGAGCAUUUUAUUUCCAUGGGCCCUUGGGAGUGUUCUUUCUUCCCCAUGGGACAGAAGAAGAGGAAAGUUCAUGAGUGUGCAAAACCUGAUGCUGUUUGUGUUGGCAAACACUCCUGGGGGGAACGGUAAACCCCCAGUACCUCCGAAAAUCUCCCAGUAGGCACGUCUCUGGAAUGGCAUGUCCCUUCACUCCAGAGUGCCCCUCUGUGACACUUCUCAUAUGAAAAGUGCACACAAGUCUUCUGGCAUCACACAGCAAGAAGAUAGAAACAUCCGUAGAUCUCAACUACAUUUUAUUCACAAUAUAUACAGAGAAUCCAUAAUCACGUCUGUGUUCUCCAAACUCUGGCAGAAACAGAAAGCAUACAGCAAAAACGUAAGUAUAGUCCAAUAACACUCUCAGACGGAAGAGAUAAGACAGUCUUCCGUUCCCACACUCUUCUCAGACAUCUCAUGUGAUUUAUACUAAUCACACUAGCCAGCAUCGGCUUACGUAAAAUCCUAACAGUUUGAUCCAAGCCAAAGUAUCCUGCCAUAGCUUUGGAGAGACUGAUGUAAGAUGCAUGCAUAACAUGUCUAUAAUAACCCUUGACCAAAUUGCCCCUUCUAGUUAAGGUCACGACAAUUGUGGAAUACAAGGGAGAGGAAGAAGGGAGUGGAGCCCCGGCCAGGAAACUGUCUCGAAAGGUAAGUGGGGGAAAGUAUCCCAUAUGUGCUCAUAGCAAAUUCAUUCUCUUAAGUGUGGAUCCUUCUGUAGCCAAAACAGUACUAUCCAUGCACAAGAGGGAGACAUUAGGUGGCUCUGAGGAACCUGGAGGUUUGUGGAUGUACCAAAAAACCAAAAAAAACCUUAGAUGGGGAAACGACCUGAAGAUAGCUCAACGAGGACUGAGUACGCUAAAUGCACAUGCAAUGCUGAGUGUCCUGGGAACAAAACUGAGGUUGGGAAUGGAAUGGAAUAUCCUGGGAAAGGGCUCCGCAGUCUAGAAACCUGCAUGAGAGCACUCUCACUGUUUUGUUGCAGGUCCAAUAUGUAAGACAGGCUACCCUUUUUUGCUGAUUCAAAGCUACCCUCUUUAGCAGUGUGGCCUGGAGAGUUCUUUGUCUCUGCAACCCUGGAAAUGGAAUGAUCCUGGUGAGGUUGAAUAUUCAGUGGCCCCCAAGAUUGGCAAAGGGCCCAUUCCCCCAAGGUUCUCUGUGCAGUCAGCAUCAACAGAAGUCAGCGUGAGAAUUUUGUGUGCAUGGCAAGAUCAGAUCCCAACAGGUGCUGGGAGGGGCAGGCUCUACCUGAAAUCCCUUGCCCCCCUCAAUUCUGAUACUAGCACCAGGGCACAAAAGUGUAUAUGCUGAUCUUGUGCAGCAUUCUGUGCGUGAGGUAGUGCAUGUGAGCUGGGAAAUGCUUUGUGUGACACACAGGGGUUAUUUGCUGGCGGGAGGAAACAGACAUACAAGUCCCACGUUAUUCAACAUCCCAUUGCCUAUAAAUUUGCAAAAUUAGAUUGCUGUUCCAAACAGUGGAGAAUCGGGUGACUUUUAGGAAUGCUAAACAACUUUGAUUUUUCCUUGGACUACCUUUGUGGCCUAAUGCCCUGUUUUGCUGCUUAACACCCUUGCAGGCAUUUAAAACAAAUUCUCUGGCUUCCUUGGCUUCUGCUGUAAAGGGAAAGCAAGGGACUCCGUCCAGGUAAGAGUAACCCUAUAUUCUUGCUACAUUGUUUUUGGUUCUUCUUGUGAGGCAGCGAAGUGCGUUGGCUUUCAAAGGAGCAGCUCUGCCUAUGGCACAAGAGACCCUACGCCUAUGCCAUGGGUAGGCAAACUAAGGCCCAGGGGCCAGAUCCGGCCCAAUGGCCUUCUGAAUCCAGCCCGUGGAUGGUCCGGGAAUCAGCCUGUUUUUACAUGAGUAGAAUGUGUCCUUUUAUUUAAAAUGCAUCUCUGGGUUAUUUGCGAGGCAUAGGAAUUUGUUCAUUUCCCCCCCUUCAAAAUAUAGUCUGGCCCACCACAUGGUCUGAGGGACAGUGGACCGGCCCCCUGCUGAAAAAGUUUGCUGACCACUGCGCCAUAUUUAACACCUAGUAAACUAUGGUGGUGUCCAGCUAAAAAUGAAGUUCAACAUAUUUCGAUGGGGGAGGCUGCAAGCAUGAAAUCAAUGGAGCUUUUAACUGGCUGGAAGCUGCUUCUGCUCCUUGUAAGUGAUGGCUGUUGAUGGCCAAUGCCUUCUGUUUUAAAAAGAGGCUUCAUGAAGCUGCUUAUGAGAAUAGUCUUAGAAAAAGCAGGUUGCUAGCCCUCAUAGUUGUACUAGGAAGCUUUGAAGAAACCUCAGGCCUUGGGAACUAAAUGUGGUUCUCCAGGCAUCUCUGUCUGCUUGCAUAUUAGGUGGGUAGGACUUCUUGUCUCUGUUGCAUUUCUGUGUUUUAAAUCUGCUGGUAACUAUUAUGUGCUAUUAGUUAUUAUUAGGGUGAGGAGCAGGUAAUAAAUAAGCAAAUAAAUAAAUAAUAAUGAUAACAUCUGCUAUUAUUAUUAUUAUCAGUUAGUUAUUAUGUGCUAUUCUUAUCUGCUAGUAGUUAUGAUCAGUGCUUUCUUUUCUAAAAAAUGUUUAGGGGUACUCUUAUUUUGAUUCAAGAUAAUCACCAUUUUAUUGUUCAAAUUGGGAAAAAUAAAUACAGUAAAUGGACAAAAGUACAAAGAUGUUUAGAGGUAUGCAUAUUCCCAGAAAAAGCACUGGUUAUUAUAUCUUUUAAUUGGGUUUAUCUUGAUGUUUAAGAGAAUUUUGCCCCCUAAUCAUUCUGUUUUUGCUUUAAAAUGUGGCAUUACUUUGUACUUUUGAUGUUUUUAUAAUGUUAUGAACUAUCUGAGAGAAGCAUGAAGUGAUCUACGGACUACAUGGGGAAGUCUCUGCAGCUGCAACAGCUCCACUCCUUGUGAUCAUUCUGUCUGCCAUUUGACCUCUCCUUAUAGAGAAUUCUCACAGGAGCAGGCAUAGGAGGAACUGCUGCUGCAACCUUAAAAUCCUGUAAAUGCCUCCUGUGUCCCAUCAGGUCUGCAAACGCCACGCCAAAUGGGAGAACCAUUGAGCGAUCGACCUCGAUGCGGGAGCGGCCGGUGUCUGCUGCCAAGUGCAUCUCGUUGGGCUCUAAAAGGCAAGCCAUACUGUUUAUAUUGUGGGAUAAUCAAGACUCAUACAGCCAACCUACUUAAGUCCAAUGAAUGCAUGAAGGGGUUAGUAAUACAAUCAAGUAAGCUGUCCUGCCAGGUUUAGCUAUGCCCCCUUUUCCUCACCUUGGGAAGAACUAGGUAAUCAAGCCUUCCAGUCUUCCUGAGAAGCUCAGUGUGGGAAGAGGUUUGAGCUGGUACUUCCUUUCCUUUGUCCCAAAUCUCCCAACAUUCAGUUUCAUUGGAUAUUGCUAAAUUGUAAUGUAUUAUGAGGAAGAAAAACUUAUCUCUGUCCGCUUUCUAUACACCGUGUGCACUUCCAUGCACCUCUAUCAUGGCUCGUCUGACCUUUUCCUUAAAACUAACCUCCUCAAACAUCGCCAAAUGUCUGGACCCUCUCCUUAUAGGGAUCUUGUGCCAUCUCCUUGAUCAGUUGUUUUGCCCUUUUCUGAACCGCCUUCCCUCUCCUCCACCCCCCUUCCCCACCCCUUUCUGGUGCCUAGAUUUCCACAAAGGGGUUUCUCCAAAAGUGCAUCUGCCUCGGAGAGAACGCAGGCGGUGACGCUCCGGAGUAUGUCGAUGCCCCACGAAAGCUCACUUCCCUUUGUCAACAUCCCUUUGUCUGAUGGGAAGGUACUGUAUCAGCCGAGGAGGGCUGUGAAUCUUUGAUUUGCAAAUAUAAAUGCAUCCAGGUUGAGACACACAUCCAAACCCCUUUCAUUGCUGCUUCCGGCUGUGGAGGCAGAGCAUAGCCACCAUGGCCAGGUAGCCACCAGCAGCCCUCUCUGCCACGAAUUUGUCUAAUCAACUUUUAUAACCAUCCAGUUUGGUGGCCAUUGCUUCUUCCUGUGGGAGAGUGUUCCAUAGUUCAACUCUGUGCUGCAUGAAUAAGUCCUACGCCCUGACUCUUCCAACGUUCAGCUAUAUUGGAUAACCACGAGUUCUAGUGUUAGGAAAGAGGGAGAGGAACUUUUCUCUGCCCACUUUCUCUAUGUGACACGAAGCAAUAACAUGCGUAAUGGUGCACGCGCACGACCCAUGUGGCUUGCAAACAACAACUUUCUGCUCUUGUUCAGACUCUCUGCUCGGCUGGCGAUGACCUCCAGAACGUCAAUGUGGAAUUAUUGAAUGAGGACACCGUCCAGCAUAUCCACAGCCUUGUGGUAAGUGUGCAGAACAAAUAAACCUUGGAAAUGGCUCUGUCCCUGCAGGGGGGCUGGCAGGGUUCGUCAUAACAUCGUUGUCAGCUGUGCCAAUCUGCACUGUUCCUUCUUAUGUCUGAAAAAUCCAUGCAAGUAGUUCUCAGAAAUACUUCUGUGUAAGGCAUUCCUUGCAUAGAAUCUGGAGUUUUGGUGGUUCAGAGGGAUGUUUGGAGAGCUCCAUCAAUUGCCCAUCCUUUUUUUCUUUCCCCCCUUUCUUAGAACCAGUUGACAGUCCUUUGCGGAAAAGCAACCGUUAAGUGAAGUUGAUGGACUCCAUAAACAACCUUUUUUUCAUUCUUGGAUCUGAAUAUCCUUGGUUCCUUAUGUUUAAAUAGACAGGCUUUUUUUAAAAAGUACUAUUAAACUUG